AUGUCGCAACAACCAGCGAAGAAGGGAGAGUCCUCCGGUAACGCCACUGGCAACAUCAACGCCAGCGCCAAACCUGCCAAAGGUCAAGGCAAAGGCAACAAGAGCAAGGGUCCCACGUCCGACAGCAAAGAACCUGAGAAGAAGGAAGAGAGCCAAAAGACUGGCCCUAAAAAGUCAACAUACAUCCGUUGCGCGCUUCUUUUUGGCGAUGCUGGUCCCAUUUUAGCCAGCCAUGAAAAGUUUGGCGUCGACACAAGUUGCGUGAACCGGGCUGAUCUUUAUGGUGUCUGGGGUAACACCUUGCUCCCCUGCUUCCUAUUCGGCCACCCUUGCCUCCCUCCUCCCGAUAUGACUCCCAAAUAUCAGGGUGGCCCUACCAUUAUGACGACCAACGAGAAGGAUGGCAACGUUAACUUUCUCAAUCGUUUGGCCGCCGAUGGCGGAGUGUCACCUUUGGCUUUCUUCGUGGCAACCGGUAUCCCGGUUUACCGACUAAAGACUGAGCCGUGA